AUGCACGAGGGGGAGGCGGCGCCGCUUUCAGAGACAGUCACGAGGGGGGAGAGCAACGCCCGUUCCCUAGGCGCGUCUCCCGCGAGCCCCGCUCAACGCGGCGCACAAGUUCCGCCUUCUUCCCGCACUGUCGCGUCACCUACCCCCUGCAAUCUCUCGCCUUUGCCCUCACCUCUGCACCGGCCCUCGCGCGAACCACCGCCGCCAUCGCGCCACGCCCCGGCGCACGUUCCUUUCGCCCCCCACAUUCCCUUUCCCGCGCACGUACCUCCCCCCCCGCACGUUCCUUCCCUCCCGCACGUUCCUUUCGACGCGCACGUUCCUUCCCCCGCGCACGUUCCUUCUCCCGCUCACGUUCCUUCUCCCGCGCACGUUCCUUCUCCCGCUCACGUUCCUUCUCCCGCGCACGUUCCUUCUCAAGCGCACGUGUCUUCCUCCCCACACGUUCCCUCACCCGCGCACGCUCCCUCCCCCGCGCACAUCCCCACUCCCGCGCACGCCGCCGGUGACGCCAAGGCGUCGCCUUACGGACCGCCGCAUGCCGCCUCGCGCGGCGCGUCUUUCUCACCGCACGCCGGCGGCGGUGACGCGAAACCGACUCCGUCGAGCCGCUUGCUGCGCGGGUUCGUGUCGCUCAUCGUCGUCUUCGCCGCGUCGCUGCUGCUCCUCUCGCAGUUGCCCCUCAUCACCUCCGUCCUGUCCCCGUUUGUGUCGCCCCUCGAUAUAAGCGUGAAUGAGACGGAGGAGGUGGAGCAGGGCGGCGCGGCGCAGGUGGGCGGCGUGUGGUCGCAGCUGCGGCAGCAGCGCGGCAGCCUCGCGCUGCUCUUCCUCACGCGCGGCCCCAUCCCCCUCGCUCCGCUCUGGGAAAAGUUUCUACGGGGCCACGAGGGGCGGUACUCCAUAUACGUGCAUGCGUCCAACACCUCCUUCUCCUUCCCGCCCGGCUCCUCGCCCCUCUUCCGCGGCCGCCUUGUGCCGGGUGGAGAGGUGCGGUGGGGCGAGAUGUCGAUGGUGGAUGCGGAGAGGCGCCUGCUGGAGGCGGCUGUGCAGGACGAGGCCAACAGCUUCUUCCUUCUGCUCAGUGAGAGCUGCAUACCACUGUGGCCCUUUGACUACGUGUACAGCUACAUCGCCUCCACCCCCGCCAGCUUCGUUGACGCCUACUCGGACCCCUACAGCAUGUCGUUUGGGCGGUACAUCCCGCACAUCUUCAUGCCCGUCAUCCGCCGCCACCACUUCCUCAAGGGCAACCAGUGGUUCAUCCUGCAGCGGCGGCAUGCGGAGGCGGUGGUGAGGGACACGCUGCACUACACCCGCCACAACCUCAGCUGCGCCUUUCGGUUGCAGUGGGGCAAGCUGUGCUGUGCGGAUGAGCACUACAUUCAAACCUUCUUGCAUAUGACGGACCCACGUGGCAUAUCGCGCUACCCCACCACGUUCACGGACUGGAGUGCCAACGAGUGGCACCCCUCGCUCUACUUGGGGGCCAACAUGACCGACCAAGUCAUCACCACCAUCAAGACGGCAAGGCAGUUCAUCACCUUCCGCUCAUUCUGGCAAGACUUCAAAUCCAACUAUUCACAUAUAACCGACCCCACGGCACCUCACCCUCCUCUCGCGGUGGGCAACGGGCACUGUGUGCUGGCGGGGGAGCCGCGCAACUGCUUCCUCUUCGCGCGCAAGUUCCACCCCUCCGCGCUGCCCUUCCUCAUGCGCAAGUCACAGCAGCUCCUCGGCUUCUAG